AAGAAAAAAAAAAGAAAGAAAGGAAAAAAGGGCUUUGCUUGAAAAUAGGAAUUUAGGGAUAGCCAACAGGUACAGCCACGUGGUACCCGUUCGGCACCCAAAAAUUUCUCGGAAUUUAGAAAGCUAAAAACAUCCUUGUUUGUAGGAGGUGAAUGGGCAAGGAAGGACGGCUCGCGGUUUCUUUGUUUUCAGCCUAUUACCAUGCAAAUCUCUCUUUUCUCUCCUUUCUUUGAGAAUCCACCCUGCCCUUCUCCUUCAGGGUCAUACAUUGGAGGAGGGGCGGGGUUCGCUAACGCGUUUUGACGCUAAUUAUUGCAAAAAAGAGACUUUGUUAAAAUGCCUACAUCAAAAAAGGACGAUGAAAAUGCGGAUUCUCCGUCUCCGCCACCCCCUCCAUCAUCAUCAUCAUCACCACCACCAUCUUCUUCAUCCUCAUCCCCGCCGCCACCCCCAUCAUCAUCGUCACCACCACCAUCCUCGUCACAAUCACCACCACCGCCCCCAGCCUCCUCACCACCCCCAGAUGACGACAACGACUCACAAUCACCACCACCACCACCACCGAAGAACUCAACUUCUCCUCCCUCCAAGGGCUCAUCACCUCCCCCACCAAAGUCCAACAACAACGACGAUUCUCCUCCGCCUCCUCCUCCACCCCCACCACCGCCACCUCCACCACCGCCGCCGCCACCUGGUUCUUGGCAAAAUACCCCUCCGCCACCUGUCUCCCAUAAGGGUUCAUCUUCGUCUUCAAGUAGCAGCUCUUCAACCAAUCAGAAGGCGAUCAUAGCCGGAGUUGCCGCCGGAGCGGGGCUGUUGCUCAUUAUCAUGAUAGUCUUUUUUGUGUCUUGUUGCAGAAAGAAGAAGAGAAAGCCACAUGAUCAGAUGAACUACUAUAGGGACAAUUCUCAUGGACACAAAAGUAGUGAGUACUACAACAGUGGCCAACAUGGACAACGCUGGAAUGCUGCCACCAGUGGGGAGCACGCCGUUAAGAUACCCCCACCACCUGGUUCAGUUAGUUCCGAACAGUGGCCAGCGAUAGCCCCCCCACCACCGCCGCCAAUGAUGAGCAGCAGCGAGAUGAGUUCUACCGGUUUCUCCGGUCCACACCAGGCGCCACUGCCGCCGCCCCACCCCUCCCUUGCUCUCGGAUUUAACAAGAGCACAUUCACCUAUGAAGAGCUAGCGGCAGCGACCGGUGGCUUUGCCAAGGGUAAUCUGUUGGGACAAGGUGGGUUUGGGUAUGUUCACAAGGGGGUGUUGCCUAAUGGCAAGGAGAUAGCAGUGAAGAGUCUGAAAUCUGGUAGUGGGCAAGGGGAGAGAGAGUUCCAGGCAGAGGUUGACAUUAUUAGUCGCGUCCAUCACCGCCAUCUUGUGUCACUUGUGGGGUAUUGCAUGGCGGAUACUCAAAGGAUGUUGGUUUAUGAAUUCGUUCCCAAUAACUCACUUGAAUAUCACCUCCACGGAAAGGAUCACCCAAACAUGGAUUUUCAAGCUAGGCUCAAAAUUGCAUUGGGAUCAGCCAAAGGAUUUGCUUACCUUCAUGAGGACUGCCACCCUCGCAUAAUCCACCGUGACAUCAAAGCUGCUAAUAUCCUCCUUGACUACAACUAUGAAGCCAAGGUGGCAGAUUUUGGAUUGGCUAAACUUUCCAAUGACACCAACACCCAUGUGUCAACGCGUAUUAUGGGGACCUUUGGGUACUUGGCACCCGAGUAUGCAUCAAGUGGCAAGCUAACUGACAAGUCUGAUGUCUAUUCAUAUGGCAUUGUGCUCUUGGAACUGAUCACCGGGCGACGCCCAGUUGACAUCAGCAGCGACGAAGACAGCUUAGUAGACUGGGCUAGGCCAAUUCUAAUGCGUGUGACUGAAGGUGGAAGCUAUGAAGAGUUGGUGGAUCCAUGCUUGGGAAAUGACUACAAUCCCCAGGAGAUGUUGCGCAUGGUAGCAUGCGCUGCUGCUUGCAUUAGGCAUUCUGCAAGGAGACGCCCAAAGAUGAGCCAGAUUGUACGUGCUUUGGAAGGUGAUGUGUCACUGGAGGACUUGAACGAAGGGGUGAAACCAGGCCACAGUGCAAUCUUUGGCUCCAGCGGCAGUUCUGAGUACGACAGUUCGUACCAUUCUGAUGUGAAGAGGUUUAGGAAAGGGGCAAUGUCAAGCCAGGAGUUCACCAGCAGCGAGCAUGGAGUCACAGGUGAGUUCCCGGUCCACCAUUCCCCUUCCAGUGGCGGCGAAUCACGAGAAAUGCCAUACAACGGUAGCCGCAACAGGCACAGCCCUUGAUCAACAACUCCCUUCAAUUGCACCGUAGAAGAAAGAUGAUGGAAAACUUUUUUUUGGUCUUUUUGGCUAACUCACUGUCCAGUAACACAGAACAGAUGGUGGUGAUUGAAGUUUCUUGUGAUUUCUUAAAAUGUUCAUAAUGGAGUCUUUUCAUCUGUUGGGUUUGUGUUUAAAUCUAUUUGGAUCUGUAUAAUUUCGUAUAUACUUUUCAAUAUAUGUGGAGACAUGAGUAGUUUAUAUACUUUCUGAUUGUUUGAGGCUUUUGUCGCUUGGAAUACUGGGCGGCAAAAAUUUUGAUUCAUUUUAAA